UCACUCCCACACGCACACACAGACGAGACGCGGAGGAGUAUAAAAUUUGCUCCACGCACACACAAUCACAGAGCCCCCCAAUCCGUGGAUUAAACUAGUUCCGCAAAAGCAGAGAGGCCAAGGCCACCACCACCGCCUCCCUCCUUGGUUUUGCUGCUCGAUCUCCUCUUCCCUUUUCUCUCUCCCUCGCUCGCCGUAAAGAAGCCAUAGGCGGAUAGGAGAGGAGAGGAGAGGAGAGGAGGGAGGGAGUAGCGCUAGCGUAGCAGCAGCUCGGGAGGGUGGAGAUCGAGCGGAGGGGGGGAGAGGAAAAAAGCAAUCGCAAUCGAGUGUUUCUGCUCCCCGGCUGGAAAGUCUCCCAUCUUUUCUUUUCUUUCUUUCCCCUGGGGAAGCUGAAUUGGUCGAUUGAUUCGUGCGUGCGCGGUCAUGGCCACGAGGCGGAGCUAGUGGAGCCACGCUUGUUGAUUUCUUCGGCUUCGAGGGGAGAAUUAUCGGUGUUUGGGAGGAAGGAGGGGUCGGGGUCGGGGAGGAAGCUAGCUGAUGUACGGCUCGCCGGCGUCCAAGGAUCUGAACCAGCCGCCGCCGCCGAUGAACUCCUCCGGGCUCCUCAGGUACAGAUCGGCGCCCAGCACGCUGCUCGGCGAGGUCUGCGAGGAGUUCCUCCAGCCCGGCCCCCGCGCAGCCAGCCCCGACGCCGCCGCCGCCGCCGCCGCCGACAACGUCUUCUCCCGCUUCCUGGCUGACCACCAGAUCCGAGACACCAAGCCGCCGCCGCCGCCGCCCGUCGCCCACUUCCCGGAUGACGCUGCUGCCAUGGCAUCCCAGCACCACCACCACCAGCAGCAGCAGAUGAUGUUCCACUCCCACCAACAGCAGCAGCAGCAGCAGAUGCCCCCCGUCGGCGUCGAGGGGCUCUACCGCACCGUCAGCUCCGCCGGGAUGGACUCCGCCGCGGCGGCCACCGUCGGCGGCUCCAGCAGCCUGCUCCGGCAGAGCAGCUCCCCCGCCGGGUUCCUCAAUCAUUUGAACAUGGACAACGGGUACGAGAGCAUGCUGAGGCAAGGCAUGGGCGUGGGCUUCAGGAACGGCGCCACCAACGCCGCCGCCGCCGUGGACUCCUCCGGCAGCGGAGGCGGCAGGCUCAAGGGCCAGCUCAGCUUCUCGUCGCGGCAGGGCUCGCUCAUGUCCCAGAUCUCGGAGAUGGGCAGCGAGGAUCUCGGCGGCAGCAGCCCCGAGGGCGCCGGAGGCAGUCGCGGAUACAUCCCCGGCUACCCCAUGAGCUCCGGGUGGGAGGAGUCGUCGCUCAUGUCGGAGAACAUGUCCGGGAUGAAGCGCCCACGGGACUCCUCGGAGCCUGCCCAGAACGGGCUGGCGCACCAGUUCAGCCUGCCCAAGACCUCGUCGGAGAUGGCCGCCAUCGAGAAGUUCCUCCAGUUCCAGGACGCCGUGCCAUGCAAGAUCCGGGCCAAGCGCGGAUGCGCCACGCACCCCCGCAGCAUCGCCGAGCGGGUGAGGAGGACGAGAAUCAGCGAGCGAAUCAGGAAGCUGCAAGAGCUCGUCCCAAACAUGGACAAGCAAACCAACACGGCUGACAUGUUGGAUCUGGCUGUCGACUACAUCAAGGAGCUCCAGGAGCAGGUUAAGGUGAUCAACGAAAGCCGCGCCAGCUGCACCUGCUCGGCGAGCAAGCAGCAUCAUCAGCAGUACUCUGGUUGAGAGAAGAGAGGGGGGGAGAUCGAUCUCAUCUCUAGAAGAAGCUCCACUGUACAAGACCUGGAGAAUUUAGAUACAAGAUUAUUUGAGGGGAGGUGUAACGCAUGGUAGCUUUUCGUCUUUCUUUGCGGUUUGGGUAUAAGCAAGCAGAGGCAGGAAGGUGCGCAAUGGAGCAGUGGCAUCAUCAAGGAUUCAAGGAUGGAGAAAGGGAGCAAGGGGAAAAGAUGGAAGACGGGAAGCUGGAGAAAGAAUCUGUACAGUACUAUAGUUUUGCUGUAACUUUGCUAUAUAUACCCUCAACCAACCACGCCCAUAUCUGGUGCAUUCCCCAUAGGAAGUUUUACUGCCAUUGUUGUCAGUCAGCAGUGCUGCAAUGCAAGGAGCUCUAGGCUCUGCCCUGCUGUAGCCCCUCUCGUUUAACACCAUCGCUCACACACACGGUCACACUCCAUCAUCAUCGCAAAUAAAAUAUCGCACCGGCUUUGCUUC